AUGCAGUCUGAACUUUUUGAUCCUGGGGACAGGGUUGCAAUAGGUGCAUCCGGAGGGAAAGAUUCCACUGUGCUGGCAUAUGUUAUGAAGACACUUAAUGAGCGCUAUCAGUACGGAUUAGAGCUCUUCCUCCUUUCCAUAGACGAGGGAAUUACCGGGUAUAGAGAUGAUUCUCUCGAGACCGUCAAACGGAAUCAGCAGCAGUAUGACAUGCCUCUGAAGAUCCUUUCGUACGACGAACUGUACGGCUGGACGAUGGACGCUAUUGUUUCUCAGGUUGGCCGAAAGAACAAUUGCACAUUUUGCGGUGUCUUCCGAAGACAAGCUCUCGACCGUGGGGCAGCAAUGUUGAAUGUGGAUCAUAUCGUCACUGGGCAUAACGCAGAUGACAUCGCAGAGACCGUCUUGAUGAACAUCAUGCGCGGUGAUAUCGCGAGGCUCGGACGAUGCACUGCUAUAUGCACUCAAGGAGAAGACACUGUUCGCCGAUCAAAGCCUUUCAAGUAUGCCUAUGAGAAGGAGAUAGUGAUGUAUGCAUACUUCAAAAAGCUGGAUUACUUUUCCACCGAAUGCAUCUAUUCGCCCGAUGCUUAUCGUGGACACGCGCGCGCGUUCCUCAAGGACCUUGAAGCUGCCAGACCUAGUGCCAUAAUCGACAUCAUACAUUCAGGCGAGGCAUUUGAAGUGAAAAAGGAGGUAAAAGCAACGCAGAAAGUUCAGCGCAAGUAUCCGCCAGGGGCUAGCGAGUCCAACGCAUUGUGCAAGGCCUGCACGUUGCUGGAAGGCCUCGAGCGAGGGAUGGCAGAUUCAGGUACCACAGACAGGGGGCGGAAAAGGCUGGAUGAAGCAGGCCCUGCCCCAGAGAACAUCCGGACAAUACCAUACUUCAAAUUACCUUCAGGCAGUCCAGCUAUUGCAGUCGAAACACCUUCAUGA